AUGAGCGGCUCAAAAUCUAUUCACAGUUCCGAAAUUCAGGGGUGAUGCCAAUAGUGGAGGGAAGGAAUCAGAUCUCUACACCAACAUUUUGGUUUCCUAUUUUUCCUUGCUCUCUCUCUCCCAUAUACGAGUAAAGGACAUUAUAUGAGAAAUCUUGAGAAAAGAGGUUUUCGUUACUUCAAGACCUAUUCGUAACGAAAUUUCAGGCUUAAAAAUUUUGCUGCACCUUGCNGACAUUAUAUGAGAAAUCUUGAGAAAAGAGGUUUUCGUUACUUCAAGACCUAUUCGUAACGAAAUUUCAGGCUUAAAAAUUUUGCUGCACCUUGCGUCCAAGGCAGUACAAUUCAGUCCGAUAUGGACCUAACGAUGGAACAAYCAAAUGAACAAUAUCGCUCUGAUUMCCAUAGAGAAAAYACAACGAUGAUGGUCGCAGGACAUUCGCCAUCGCCUCCCAAUGUCCCAUCAAUGGAGAAAAAAAACAUUAGCGAUGCGAUAGUGGAACAUCAGAGUAGAAUUCUCGACAGGGAAGGCAUCUACCUCACCGAUCGCAUGUUCGAUCCUCCCUCCAAAAUAUGUGGUGGUUCUAUGAUUUUGAAAYUSAAGUCCAUGGGAAAUGGGAAUAACAAGAAGAAGAARAAGAAAAACAAAGAACAAUCACUGGRGGAUAAAAGUGACCCUUCAUCCGCGAUGAUGACAAUGCUGAGGAGUAAGAUGCAGAAAAAGAAGAGGAACGACAAGAAAUUAAACGAAAACAAGAAAAGUGAGAAACAGCAGGUACUGGUGGUACCAGCGUCUACAACCAUGUCGUCAAUAUCGGAACCUACCGCGUCGGUGUCUUUUCUUCCAUCYGUACCACCGACGAAUACUAAGGAAAAUGCAGACGAGGAAAUGCUAUCUUUCCGAGAUGUGCAACUCCUGUUAAAGGAAAUCAAGACVGCCAAUGGAACGAGAAAAGAAAAAUCRACAUCCGAGGAAAAGCCAAAAAAGGCAAAUGAGAAAGAUAUACCUUCGUCUAUUACUAGUUACAAUCGCAGAUUCCGUGACGGCGAAAAAGAGAAGCUAAGAAUUAAAGACAUCGAAAACUGGGAAGAAGAAAGCCUCGACAGUGUUUAUAUCGAYGACAGUGUAGGUGACAAGGAAAACGAUACCACCAUUGAUAGAUUGAAACUUGAGAGGAAAUUUUAUCGUAGUGAGGCAAAGACUCUCAGAUCRGAACUCGGUARCAUCAAGGAAGAGCUGAGUGAGCUUCGAAAGUUUCUUCAGCGACUUCCAAAUAACAAGGACGAAAAUCACGAGCCGUCUGAGGGGCAUCAMGUUCAGCAUGAAUCUGAUGCUGCCAGCUCAAUGACACUGAAGAGUUUUGACACAAUAUACACGGAGCACGGUGAUCUAUUCUCAAAUCUAGAGGAUGCGAAAAAUAAAGUUUUGCGUACGAAGCAGCAGCGUGAACGAAAUUCAACCAAGUUAGARCGACCUGUUCCUUUAUACGCCGCUAACCUAKCGCAAAGCCUUCCAAGAGAUAUAUUAUCAGUGAAACGUGACAMWAAUAAUAAUUYGGAUAUUCGCUCCGGUAGCGAUUACCAGGAGCAAAGAACGUCUCCUAAAGUCAGAAGAGAACUAAGAUCCUCGGAAAGAUUCUAUGCUAUGAUUUCCAGCCCAGCGCCGAAAGUAAUCGUCGAAAAUCAACGGGUAGGUACCGGKCAACGUACUAGUAACAACAGCCAACGGAAUAUAACUAUUUGCAAKUCAGAGCAUAAGAAUGAUCCCRAAGAAAAAGGAGAMCAAGUUGCUGUCAAGAAUGUUUCUCCGUACAGAACAAGGAGCUAUAGAUCACGAAGUAUGAGUCCRAUGAGGAGAAGAAACAAACUGAAUCCGCCAUCGCCAAGUGUUGGGAAGACUCGCGGCGACAAUAGAAAAAGUGAACGUUCAGUUUCAAGACCUGGGCAUUCUCAUGAGGCCGCAUUGAAGGAUGAAAUGAAAGAUAASGAAAGGCUUGUGAUGCRAAAUGAUGGCGUUGUGAAUUCAAGAAGAUCGAUAAAUCACGCACCAGAAGAAAAGAACUCAGGAAUGGAGUUCAAUUAUGAUGAUGCCAAGAACUUUUACCGAAGUUACCAACAGUCUUCUGAWCCUGAUGCAGCAAAGGAGUUGGGAAAUAUUUCGUCGAAAACCGAAAGUUCUCAAUCUGAUAGUCUGCCCAAUGGAAGAAAUGCUACUUCUUUCACUUUCAAUGAACCGAAAAGUCCUGAAUUAGACCUGAAAGCUGCCGACAGAAAAUACAGAGAAAUGCGUAGAUCCAUACAAUCCAUGCAACAAGUUGGAAGCAACAACGUCGGACAUCAUUUGCCUGAAUGUGAAUCGGAAGAUUCCGACAGUUUCCUGGGAURUUGCACGACAGAUGACAGUCAAUCGGAAAAUGAUGAUUCUUCCAGGCUUUCGUUUCAACACCAGCGUCCCAUCAGCAGGAAUUUUUCGUUGAAAAAAAUGUGUGACGAAGAGGAAGAAAGCUCUGAUUCUAUUCUCCUCCGUCCUCCCCUUCCCCCAUCCCGAUAGAGGUGGCUUCUUGGCACACYGUCUAUCUAGAUGUUUCRCGAGAAAAAUUGGAACGCGACGUAUUAAAUGUAUUUSAUGGAUAAUGUUUGAAGUGCAAAUGCUGCUUUUUGCAUGAUGUGCGCACACUACUUUACUUCUAGAUAUUGUGAUCUAUUUWAUGAUGAAAUAAACUGAUUCUGUUCUUGAUUGACCCGGUGGUUCCACCAACAAACACUUCAAAUGCUGGUAGCUCAUCAGAAACUGCUGGUCAAUAGAAUGAAUAACGAAAAACUUUUUGUGGAUAAGAAAACCAGUAUGAUUGAAUCUAUAUUGUUUUCAUUCUGAAAUCCUAUUUCUUCUUGAUGAGCAGCACAUGGUACUUCUGAGACAGUAAAGGGACACGACAUAAAUAAUGACUUACAUC